CACAGUUUGGGAGCUGGAAGAAAACAAGAUAACCUGGAGAAACCCAAGAAGACACAUGAUGUUGAAGAAACAUGGGUGCAUGAGGCACAGAGGAGCCAUAGGUCGGUGGUCAUGUCUCCCAAAGUAGCUCACCAGCAGAGCAAGGCGGAGGACACAGCAGUGCAGGUGGCGGUUCGAGUGCGCCCGCUGCUUCCUAAAGAAGUCCUCCACAACCAUCAGAGCUGCAUCACUGCCCUGCCCGAGGACAGGAGGGUUACUCUCGGCCACGAUCGCCACUUCCACCUUGACUUUGUCUUUGAGGAAAGCUCCACUCAGGAAGACGUGUACGCAGCUUGUGUGCAACCCCUCAUCGAGGCCUUCUUUAAUGGAUUUAACGCCACCGUCUUUGCUUACGGACAGACUGGAUCGGGCAAAACCUACACGAUUGGGGAGGCUAACAUAUCCUCCUUUGGUGAUGAUGAGCAAGGGAUCAUUCCCAGAGCGGUGGCUGAGACCUUCAAGCUCCUGGAUGAGAAUGACCUCAGCGAUUUCUCAGUCAGAGUGUCCUACCUCGAGGUCUACAAGGAGAUCUUCAGAGACCUUCUGGAGGUGGAGACCGCGAGUAAGGACAUUCAUAUCCGGGAAGAUGACAAGGGUAACAUAGUUCUUUCAGGAGUAAAGGAGUGCGAGGUGGAGGGGAUCGACGAGGUUCUAAGUCUCUUAGAAUCCGGUAACACGGCCCGCCACACGGGAGCCACCCAGAUGAACCCUCACUCCAGCCGCUCUCACACCAUAUUCACCAUAACGAUGGAGCAGAGGCGGAGCGGCUCCCGCGUUACCAGCGGAAACCCGCAGAUUCUUACCUCCAAGUUCCAUUUCGUAGACCUGGCUGGGUCUGAGCGCAUCCUCAAAACCGGCAACACCGGCGAGCGGCUCAAAGAGAGCAUUCAGAUCAACAGCGGACUUCUCGCGCUGGGAAACGUCAUCGGUGCGCUGGGGGACCCCAAGAGGAAAGGCACCCAUAUUCCUUACAGGGACUCCAAAAUCACAAGGAUUUUAAAGGAUUCCCUCGGUGGCAACGCUAAGACACUCAUGAUCGCCUGCAUCAGUCCCUCCUCCUCUGACUUUGAUGAGAGCCUGAACACCCUAAAUUAUGCCAAACGGGCUCGCAACAUCCAAAACCGAGCCAUGGUAAACUAUCGCGGGGAGCCAGACAGAGUCGAAAACCUGGAACUGCAGAUUAAAGCGCUGAAGCGAGCCCUAGAAAACCGGCAGCGCUCGGAGACCAGGAUCCUGGCCCGUUCCGAACCCGAACGUCGGUUGCGCUCUCUCGAGCCUGACGUGACCAGGCUGCAGGUAGAGAGCGCCCACUAUCGGACGUGCACAGACUCGGCAUACAGGCUGCUGAUGGAGCUUCAGGGCGAGGGCACGCUGAACCCCGCCCAGCUGCUCCGCGUGAAGGAGUGGCUCUGUACCGUGGAGGAGGAACGCAGUGGUCUGAGCACAGCCUCGGGACUGGACAGCGGCAUUGAGAGCAGCUCUACUGAGGACACCAACGCGCUGAAAAAGGGACGCGCACUUUUAACAGCACAGGAUUCAGAACAUGUGAAGGAGAAGUGGGGCAGCGAGAGGGAGGACUGCACCUCCCAUCUGCAGGCACAGAUUCAGCACUUAGAGCAGGAAAACACAGACUUCCUGGCUGCACUAGAAGAUGCAAUGGAACAGUACAAACAGCAGAGUGACAAGCUGCAGGAGCAACAGGACCUGAUAGCUGAACUUCACUUUUUUUUGGCCCAGCCAGGCGUGGGGCUGGUUCAGCUGACACAAAGACCUCAUACUGCACCAAUCAACUCGGCACAGCAAGCAACCCUCAGCUCAGGGCGUGUAUCAUCUCUCUGUAAUGAAGACAUCGGGGAUAGUUCUGCACGACAGGUCGGUCUGGGCCCUCCUAUACACGACCACUCAUUUUCUGAACAGGCCCAGUGCGAGUAUGGGCUAAGGGACAAGGAGUGCGAGUCCCGUGUCGAGGAUACCGAAGGCGAGGACACUCUUGACAAGCUCAAAGACAAACGCAAAUUUACAAAUAUUACCUGGUGGAAAAAGGAUGCACCAUUUCAAGGAUCUCCGGGAAGGGCUAGGGCACCUCUGUCUCAGGUCCUGCCAGGUCACCCUCCAGUAAUACACUACAACAGACGAACAUCUAACAGUAGUGUAGAGAGCUCGGUGCUGGAUAGCCUGAGAGGCUGCACGUGGGAGAUGGGGUCAGAGAGAGGACUGAUCCUCGCUCAGCAGAAGAUCAGAGAGCUGUCCGUCACUAUUCGCAUGAAGGAGGAUCUCAUCAAGGAGCUGGUCAAAACAGGUAAGGAUGCCCAGGCCAUGAACCGACAGUACAGUCAGAAAGUGACUGAGCUGGAGCAGGAGGCUGAGCAGGCCCGGGCCGAGCUCACCGAAGCACACAGACAGCUGCAGGAGCUGGAGGUGCAGGGUAGCCGUGACGCUGCCGACCGCUCCAAAGCCCAGGAGUGCAGGAGGAAAAUCGCAGCCGCACAGACUAAAGUACAGGUUCUAAAGCAGAGGCAGAGGGACACCGCUCAUCUGGCCUCCCUGUCAGUCCAGAGCGAGCGGCGUGUCCAGGAGUUGGAGAGGAGCGUUCAGAGUCUGCGACAACAGCAGGACCAGCUCCAGCGGCGCCUCAGAGAGGAGAGCCAGCAGAAGAGGCGACUGGAGAGCGAGAUGCAGCGAGGCAAACACCGGGUGAAGGAGCUGGAGAUAAAGAACGAGCAGCAGCAGAAGAUUUUACGCAUUAAGACGGAAGAAAUCGCUGCUUUCCAGAGGCAAAGGAGGAGUGGCAGUAACGGCUCGGUCGUCUCAUUAGAGGAGCAGCAGAAGAUCGAGGAGCAGAAGCGAUGGCUGGAUGAGGAGAUGGAGAAGGUUCUGGAGCAGAGAAAAGGUCUAGAAGAUCUUGAAGGGGAGCUUACCAAAAGAGAGGAGAUCCUUGCUAAGAAGGAGGCGCUGCUCCAGGAGCGCAGUGGCCUGGAGACCAAACGACUCCAAUCCAGCCAGGCUCUGAGUAAGGACCUGACGACUCUUUCAAACCGGAUCGAGUCCCUCGAACAGGAACUGAGUGAGAGAAACAGUCAGCUGCGCAGCAGCAGCGCUCAGGACUCGCAGCACAUUCGACAGGAGAUCUCCAACCUGCGACAGGAUAAGGAGCAACUCCUCAAACAGAGGGUGGAGCUGGACGACAAGCUUCGCCAGGGCAACCUGCUCUCUCCCGAGGAGGAGCGCAUUCUGUUUCAGCUGGACGAGGCUAUAGAAGCACUGGACGCUGCGAUCGAGUACAAGAACGAGGCCAUUACGCAGAGGCAGAGGCAGCUGCGGGCGUCCGGCAGCAUGCUCACUCAGUGGGAAAUGAAUCUGAUGGCUAAACUCACGUACCUGUCGGCCUCUGAGACACGCGCCCUGCUCUGCAAGUACUUCGAUAAGGUGGUUUCCCUGCGAGAGGAGGAGCGGAGGCUACAGAUGGCUCUAGCUGAGCUGGAGAUGAGGGCGGAUGAGCAGCAGCGUCUGGUCAUGUGGUUGGAGUCGGCUCUGGAGCGCCAGCAGCUGGAUACAGACCGCCGGCUCACGCUGCAGCAGAAAGAACAUGAAAGGAACACGCAGCUCUUGCUACAGCAGUGCAGAGGUCAAAUGGAUGAAGGUCUGGCUGGUAGGCAGCGACAGUACGAGGGCUUGAUCCACAACCUGAGCAAAGAGCUGAAAAUGUGCAAAGCAGCCAAUCAGGAGCUUAGCAACAAAAUAAGAGAUAUUUGUGGAAGUGGAGAUCAGAUCGCCGGUGGAGAUAGAUGCACUCCUGAACCUGAGAGACUGCCCAAGUCCAGAGAGGAAAUGCGAGAGCUGGUGAAUGCGCCACUGCCCCCCACGUGGAGGCGCUCGUCCCUACCAAUCGAAGACCAGCACAGUUUGGAGGAGUUAAGACAAAGAGCAGCAAGUGAGCUCUCUGUCCACAGAAUCGUCCAGCCUAACAUGAACAUGAACUCCGCACAUUGGAACGGCUCCGGCUCUCUGGUCCUUAACAAACCGCGUAGAGACUUUCGCAGGUCGAGCCUAAAUACAGGACCGGCCUCAAAUUCUGCUAUUAUUGAUGUUCGGAAAAAUCCAGUCUAGCUGACUGUGUGUCAGAAUGUAUUAUUACUGUUUUAAAUUCAACAAUUCUGUUUUAUUUUUAUUGCUAAAUUAUACUGUGUAUUCGUAUCCAUUUGUUCACAUUAACAUUCUGUGUACAGUAUUAAAGCACUUUUUAUGCUGUAUAGAAUUCA